AUGAAAUGGUAUUUACAAGGGGUUGUGUUUGAUACCUCAGUGCCCCCCAAAGAACUGGGAGGCAAGGUCGUGGUCAGGAGAGGGCAGACGGCCGUCAGGAGCGCUCCACUCCACUAUGUCUGUGCAGCUCGGUCGAGCUUGCUCUUCCUCUUCUUCUUCCUCAAAGCGUGUGUGGCUUCCUUUGCCUUGGUGGAGCUGUGCUUGCUUGAAACGGUUGUAAGGAGUCCAGUGGCUCUGAGAGAAGUCUUGGUAGGGCGUUGGAUCGUACUCGAAAUCCACAGGUCAACUCGAAAUCGAGUUGAGUUUGGACUCGAUCAAGUCCGGUGGUCGAGCUGGAGCGUCUGGCCUUGGACUCUUCCUCCUCCUCUGCGAGUUGUCUUCUCCUUCCCUUGGCUCAAAUGA